AUGGCGCUGGCAGCACCGUCCGUGGUGCCGAAGGGAAAGAAGACCGCUGGCUUCCGGACUAAUGGCCAGCUUCGUAUCACGCCGACCUCUCUGAAGUCGCGAGUAACUCUCGAUAAUAUUGCUGAGGGUACGCAAGCCGCGCCCAUCUGCAUUGACGACGAUGGCGAUGGUGACAUCGGGAUCGCCCAACAUCGAAGGAGCCCGGUUUCGGUCAACAACGACGCAAAGAGUCAACAGAGUCUUGUAAGAGCGUUUACGCCUCUCUCCAUGAUCGAUCAAAAUCGCGAAACCGAAGUUCCGUCUCUUCCCACAUCUACACCCGAAGGCGCCGAGCUGAAUGAAGACGUGCCUUCCGGUGCUUCGCGCGGCAGCAGCCCCAUCGAGAUUGCCAGCGAAGAUGACGAGCAAGCCUCGGACACGGAGCCUUCUUCCCCCAUCGAUGGGUAUAAGUCUCCGCGGAGAAAGUGCUUGGUCAAACCAGGGCGCUACAGGGCUUUUCGCACGGGUCUGUACACGUUGUUCGCGAUUACGAAACCGAAGGCGCGACAGAUACCGUUCGACAAAGUCCUCAGAGUCAUCAACAACAACCUUUCAGUCGAGAAGCAGUUCUCUCCUCUGGAAGCAAAGCAGGUCCUCAAAUAUAUGAGGGAGAAAUUGUUCGACUCGCUGUGCGCCGAUCGGGUAGUGGACGUGAAUCUGGAGGGGAUCAAGUUGUAUGCGUAA